UCAACAAGUCACUUCCAAACCACGACACAAACAAAACCAAAACAUGGCGUUUUGUUGGAUGAUCAGCGUCUUACUCCUUAUGAUCACUAAUCUAGUGGUCUCAAGGAAAUGUCCUUGUGUGAAUCCAUCCCUCUGUGAUACCAUUUCACGUCCCCCUGGUAAGGAGUUUCUAAUGUGGUCAACCAAACCAGAUGUGUGGAGACACUACGACUGGAAAAAGAUCACGACUGUAGCAGUGUUCAGAGAUUGGGAUGAUGAGCUAUUUUGUUUCGCUCAUUCUAGGGGUGUCCGUGUGGUGUUGUUGGCUAAUUUCCCACUGGAAAAAUUAAACAACAGCGUUGUACGGGAUGAAUGGAUCAAAAACAAGACAACUGAAGCAAUCGAAAACUUUGCUGAUGGCAUUAACCUUGACAUCGAAGGCCCUGUCCCUAAGGAUUCCAAAUCAGUUACUUUGCUAUCAAAAUUAGUGAAGCUAACAAGUGAAUCAUUCCAUGAGAACAUUCCUGGUUCACAGGUGUCAUUUGAUGUAGCAUGGUCUCCCAACUGUAUCGACGGCCGUUGCUAUGACCACAAGGCUAUUGCUGAUGCCACAGACUUCAUUGUCAUCAUGGCUUAUGAUCAACAAAGUCAAAUAAAAGAAGGUCCUUGUGUUGCCAAAGCCAACUCUCCAUAUACUCAGACCAUGAAAGGUGUUGAAGAGUACACAAAGCUAAAUAUUAGCAGCAGCAAAAUAGUACUGGGCCUACCAUGGUACGGCUAUGACUACAUCUGCACAAAAUUUGAUGCAGAAAAAGGAAUUUGCUAUAUUAAAGAAGUUCCUUUUCGAGGGGUCAACUGCAGUGAUGCCGCAGGAACUCAGAUUGAUUAUGCGACAAUCCAGGACCUUUUAGUGACACGUACAGAUACUGGCCGUCAAUGGAACAUAGAGUCCCUGUCACCUUAUUUCUGGUAUGUGGAUCACUAUGGUAACACGCACCAAGUGUGGUACGAUGACCCUGCAAGCUUGAGCCUCAAGUAUAGAUAUGCUUCAGAGUAUGCGAACCUCAAAGGGAUUGCAAUAUGGAAUCCUGACCUGCUUGACUAUGGAGGAUUGAGUCGAGGGAAUAUUCAAACAAAACAGAUGUGGGAUACUUUGUAUCAUUUUCCUGGUGUUCACUGUAUGCAUUUUCCUUGUAAAAAAUAGACUCAAUGUAUAAAACAUGACAAUUUWAAAACAACUGAGGGUGCCGUAAUACAGGCAACUAUUUGCUCAACUAGUUGCCAACAUUAUUGUGUUGCAAGUUACAGAGCAAAGGUUGCUUGUAUUUACCACUUUGCAUGUGACAAGUUGUCAAGAUGUUGCGUGAAGUAGAAACCAACUCUUCUCUUUGAAACAAUGAAAAUUUGUUGCAUGCGGAGUGGUAAUACCAGUAAUGCUUGCUUUGCAACUUGCAAUGCAAUGUCACAAAACAAAUUGCACAAUUUGGUUGCCAAUAUUACACCUUUAAUGGUGUUUGCAUAUUGGAUGGAACACCCUUUCACAUGUUUGACAUGGCUUCUCAAACUAUUUUUUUGAGAACUGAUCAAAGCAAAAUUUGACCAAAAUUAAUGCUAAUUAAGAUCAGAUAUCUAAACGACUAAACCACUGUCACGUACUUACCCGGAAUUUUUUGUCCUCAUUAAAUAGUAAUGAGUUCUACGAAUAUCUUUCAUAAUUUCCCUUUUACAUUAGGCUGAAAGCCUAGCUAAAGGAAAGUGUUAUUUUUGAGGACCAACUCAAAAGGAAAAAGAGAAAAAACAGCUUAAUAAAUUAUAAGCUAAUGUAUAUUUUUCAUUUGUUGUUUGGUUUAAUUCUGUAAAUUUAUUUCACUCAAGUAACACUUAGUCUAUAAAUCAUUAUAAAUUAUUAGAUGUAAAGUAUUUUAUUAUUGUUUUUGUUUCAUUUAACUUUAAAAAUUUUACAUACAAUUUACCACACCUUACAGUAUGUACAAAUGAGUUUUAGAGAAAGUGGCCAUAAAACCUAAAUCUAGCCCUUCUCUGAGAUGACUGUGUUCCAUUAUUAUUAACACAUAACAACAAUUGCUGUAUACAUUAAUAACUGCAACACAAAUUAGUGAUUAAAAUGUUAUUUCUAAAA